AUGAGUCUCAGCUGGCUCCCAUGGCCUACACGGCGUCUUCACACAGCCGUCCAAAGCAAAACAACAUGGGGAUAUGUUAUUUACCGCACAACCUACACUCCCGACUCAGACGUCACUUUUCCCCGCGUCGUGGAUCUACUCAACUCCUAUAUCAAACACGGGCUAUACUCGGAAAGCACAUCUUCUCAGAGCAAUACAUCAAGGCAAACGAACCCAGCGCCGUAUCAUGAGAUUUGGGCCCGCCACGAUCCGAUCAUUAUGGAUGAUGCAUUGCAAUUCGACGGUGUAUCAGCCGAUGCUAUUCAGGCGCAUUUUAAGUCUUGGUCCCGUACACAAGAGAAGAGUGGUUUCUCGACUGAUUAUCGGAUGUGCAUGAUUUUGGAUGAGAGGUCUUUGCAGGGAUUGAAGGAUUUCCCACCUCCGGGAGAGGACUUGGAUGGUGAAAAGAGAAUGCACCCGAUACAGUAUGUCACGGUGAUUGAGACGCAGCCGGACAGUGACGACGAAUACGAUAGUUUUAUGGGUGGUUAA